AUGUCGACCCCGCAAGCGAAACGUCGCCGGCUGAACGAAGCCACGAAAACGCUCCAGAAGCCGUUCAAAUCGCCGUUCCGCACACCGUUGAAGCCCAGCAUAGGCGACGACCCGCCAUCCUCAGAUCCGCCUGAGGUCCACACUCCUGCGCUUGAUACACCUAGGACAACCAUCGCUCCUGCUAGAAGUACCGCCCCUGCAGGCAAUGGCGCACAGCAAGCGGCCACCUGUACCGCCUCUAUGCAACCCCCCAAAACGCCAGCAACGUCUAAGGUGACACCACGUGUCUCGAAACCUCUCGUCUCACGUCCGAACCUAUCUACCCCGUCACGUGUCGCGUCGAAGAAGGCACCGUCGAAACCCUCGGUCGCACGCGAGAUCAUGCAAAUCCGCAAUGAGAUCCAGAUGCUUACACAAGCUCAGACCCUGGCAACGUCUACAAAGGAUGACGACCUGGUCGUACUGGUCGACAAAUGGCGUACAGCAAGUCGUGCGGCGGCGGAAGAGCUGUUUGGUAGCACUAGAGACAGGGUUAACAGAAUGGGCGGGGUAGGCGCAUGGAAGGAACGUGAAAAAGAAUCCAAGGAACGGCAGAUGCAAUGGGAUAAAGAAGAGAUGGAGGCGGAACGUGAGAAGAUGGAGGAGGCGAAAGAGAGUGGUGAGGUCUCUGAAGAAGCGUAUGAUCGCUACGCCGAGAUGGAUUCGGAGAGGGACAAAGGAGAGGAGGAGAAGGAGACGUUUAAGGGAGCAGACGAUGAUUCGUUCACGAUGGACAUGAUGCUCAAGACCCUUAACAUCGACCUCAAGCUCAUCGGCUACAACAAAGAGGCGCAGAGGUGGGAUGGUUGA